GCGCAGCUGUCACCAUGGCCGACGACAAGUGGACGGAGUGUGUGAGAAGUCUGAAAGGAGUGAUUUUAGACAUGUGCGGAGUUUUGUACGACAGCGGAGAGGGAGGCGGAGCGCCGAUCGAAGGCUCGGUGGAGGCGGUGAAAAGGCUCAAGGCAUCUGACCUGCAGCUCCGCUUCUGUACCAACGAGACUCAGGCUACUCGGGAGAAGUUUGUGGCGAAGCUCGGUCGGAUGGGCUUCGAGAUCGACGUCAGUGAGGUGUUCUCUCCUGCCCCGGCUGUGGUGUCCGUCCUGAAACAGCGUGACCUCCGACCCCACCUGCUGGUGCAUGACGACGUGGUGCCAGAGUUUGAUGGUGUGGAAAAGAACAACCCAAACUGUGUGGUUAUCGGAGACGCUGCAGAUAAUUUCUCUUAUCAGAACAUGAACGCCGCCUUCCACGUUCUGAUUGGACUGGAGAAACCAACACUCUUCUCAAUGGGCAGAGGGCGCUACUAUAAGGAGACAGACGGGCUGAAGCUGGAUGUUGGAGUGUAUAUGAAAGCUCUGGAGUACGCGUGUGAUAUAGAGGCGGAGGUGGUGGGCAAACCGGCCCCCAUGUUCUUCCAGAGCGUUCUGAAUGAUAUGGGCAUCCAGCCUCAUGAGGCAUUAAUGAUCGGUGAUGAUCUGGUGAAUGAUGUGGGAGGGGCUCAGCAGUGCGGUAUGAAGGGUCUUCAGGUCAGGACGGGAAAAUACAGGCCGAGCGAUGAGAGACACCCUACAGUGACCGCCGAUGGAUACGUGGACAACCUGGCCGCUGCCGUCGAAACCAUACUGAAACAUCGUGGCUAAUAGAUCCCAAUUCUGGUGCUGGACCUGCUGAGGAAUCACAGCACAGUUCACAUUCUGAGCCUGGACUAGAACUGACCGUAGAUUAGGGACGCACAUUUUAUUUGUACAUUUGUAUCGCUAUUGGCCUGAUAUACAGAAAGCCACAAUAUGCAAAUAAGCCCUCUAACCAAUCAUAAUAUUCAGUUGCAUGCUGUGGCUGUCUCGUCCAAUCACAAAGUGCUUCCACGCUCAAGACCGAGAACAUUACUGGCACACUUCAUUCAGACCUACAGCCACUUUAACCAGGAUUUUAUCAGGAUGCACACAUUAUUUUUUGCCUUUGAAGUCCUGUUAUACAACAUAGGACAUCCUCAGCAUGAAUGGCUGACAGGCUCAUUUCUUAAUCAUACUGUUCAAAGGUUUCCAGUCACUGUUUUCAAUAAUAUAAAGCCAGUUUGGUUGCAGACAAGAGUAUAAAAUGGUUCUAAUAUUAUUCUAAUAGUAAUUAGGUAGUAAUUCAGUGACAAGUAAGUACUGUAAAUAUAUUAUUACAGUUUACAUUUUGAUGUCUAGUUUAUAACAUUUAGAUCUACACUGUAUAAUUGAUAUUAUUGAAGCAGUUAUUAACACAAGUGAUUUCAGACUUUGAACAGUAGUUUACACCCCACUGACCUUUUUCUUUUGUGAAGAAUUGACUCUAGAAAGUGAAGAAUUGACUCUAAGAAACAAAAACACAACAGAAAAGUCCUGCUUUGUCAGCUAGGCUGUACUGUUUUUGAGCAAUAGCACCGUGCAUGAAGGGCAGAUUUUUGCCACUUCCUCAGAAAAACUAAAUAUUGUGAUAUCAUAGCAACCACUUGGAAAGCCACAGCAACCACCUAGCAAUCCCCUAGAAACCUUGAGAAAAUAAUGUAGUAACCACCUAGAAAUACUCUAGCAACCAGCUGUAAUAAAAUAGCAGCCACCUGGAAUACCAUAUCAACCACUUAGCAACACCCUAGCAACCACCUGGAAUACCAUAGCUACCAAGCAGUACCCUAGGAACAACAAUAGCAACCAACUAACAACCAUCUAGCAACUACCCAGCAACCAGCUGUAAUAUCAUAGCAAGCACCUUCCAACACCCUAGCAACCACCUGGAAUACCAUAUCAAUCACUUAGCAACACACUAGCAACCACCUGGAAUACCAUAGCUACCAAGUAGUACCCUAGGAACAACCUAGCAACUAACUAACAACCAUCUAGCAACUACCUAGCAACCAGUUGUAAUAUCAUAGCAAGCACCAUCCAACACCCUAGCAACCACCUGGAAUACCAUAUCAAUCACUUAGCAACACACUAGCAACCACCUGGAAUACCAUAGCUACCAAGCAGUACCCUAGGAACAACCUAGCAACCAACUAACAACCAUCUAGCAGCUACCCAGCAACCAGUUGUAAUAUCAUAGCAACCGCCUUGCAACACUUUAGCAACCACCUGGAAUACCAUAGCUACCAACAACCUAGCAACUAACUAACAACCAUCUAGCAACUACCUAGCAACCAGUUGUAAUAACAUAGCAAGCACCUUCCAACACCAUAGCACCAUCUGCAAUAGCAUAGAAACCAACUAGCAACACCUUUGCAACCACCUUGCAUUGUUUUUGCAGUAGCAGCCCUUCGUGCAUUGAGUGAUUCACCACUAGAAUCAUACAAAUACACUCUGGUGACGUUUUCCACUCAUGAAAACUGAAAACUCGACUUUAAAACAACAGAAGCUGCUACAUUACUCAGCUUUCCGGGUGAUGUUUCAGCUUCUGUCCAUGCUUGGGGCCUCCGGGUGCUUUCCUGGGAAUUGUAUAGGUACAUUGCUGCAUCAGUCUUACCGGGAUUUCGACUGUGGUUUAUGUUCACAUUUAGACUCUUCCUGUUUAACCACUGCGUAAAAGAGCAUGUCUGAAAGCGGCUGCAGUUUCAGAUGAGCUUAGUUCUACACAAAACGUGAAGAAUGUCUGUUUUUUGUCAAAGUACUGCUGUUCUUAAUCGUGUCACAUCAGUGAGUUAUUAAUAUCGCUGCUGAUGAAACUGAACUGUAUCUUUGAACUGGAUCUUUGUUGAAGAACUUUAAUGAACUUUCAUGUUAAUGUAUUUAGAUUUGUUAGAUUAGUCAUUUCGGGUCAUUUCUAUUGGCCCAUUCAUCACGACAGGUUCACUCAAUGUAAAGGGGGCUGGGAUUUUACAAGGCUCUCAGAAAAAGGGGGAAAAACUGAUACGACAGUGACGAUAUACUGAAAGCCGUAUCACCAGUUCACAUUUUAGUGUCUCCCUGCAGUAAUAGACCUCACCUCUCUCAGAUAACCAGGUGAUUAUUAAGCUCUUCAUAAGUUGUGUUGGGUGUAUUAGAGAAGGAAAAACACAAAAAUGUGCUGGGAACAUGUAACGUCCACUCACCGUCCACUUUAUUAGAAACCCCCAUUUGGCAGCUCCACUAUAGUUGAGCAGGAAAACCACAAAGCCUCUAGAGCAGGUAUAGAACACUGACCUCAUUAUUUUCUCAGAAUGCAUCUGCAGCAGUUUUCCUGUAUAAAGUCUGAUCAGAAAGUUUC